UCUUCUUGUGAAUGCGACACACACUGUCUUCAGUUUCCAUAUGCUGAGAUUAUACUUCCUCAUCAGUUUGAUGUGCUUGGUGAGACCAGACACAGAUGAAACAUGUCCUUCAUUUACCAAACUGAGCUUUCACAGUGCAGUGGUUGGAACGGGACUAAAUGUGAAGUUGAUGCUCUACACAAGGAGAAACCUGACCUGCGCACAAGCCAUCAACUCCACAGUUUUGGGGAACUUGAACGUGACCAAGAAAACCAUCUUCAUUGUCCAUGGAUUCAGGCCGACAGGCUCUCCUCCAGUUUGGUUGGAGGACUUAGUAGAGGGUUUGCUCUCUGUAGAUGACAUGAACGUGGUUGUUGUUGAUUGGAAUCAAGGAGCUACAACUGUAAUAUACAACCAUGCCUCUAGAAAGACCAGAAAAGUAGCAAUAGUCUUGAAGGAAUUUAUCGACCAAAUGCUGGCAGAAGGAGCUUCUCUGGAUGACAUAUACAUGAUUGGAGUAAGUCUAGGAGCCCACGUAGCUGGGUUUGUUGGAAAGAUGUACAAUGGCCAGCUGGGAAGAAUUACAGGUCUGGACCCUGCAGGCCCUUUAUUCAAUGGGAGACCUCCGGAGGACAGAUUAGAUCCCGGUGACGCACAGUUCGUUGACGUCAUCCAUUCUGACAUUGAUGCACUGGGCUACAGGGAACCAUUAGGAAACAUAGACUUCUACCCAAAUGGAGGAUUGGAUCAACCUGGUUGCCCCCAAACAAUAUUUGGAGGAAUGCAGUAUUUUAAGUGCGACCACCAGAGGUCCGUGUACCUGUACCUUUCUUCGCUGAGAGAGAACUGCACCAUCACUGCGUAUCCCUGUGACUCCUACCGGGAUUAUAGGAACGGCAAGUGUGUCAACUGUGGCAUAUCACAGACGGAGUCCUGCCCCCUUCUGGGCUACUAUGCUGAUAAUUGGAAAGACUAUUUAAUGGAGCGGGAUCCUCCUAUGACUAAAGCGUUCUUUGACACAGCUGAGGAGAAACCCUUCUGCAUAUAUCAUUACUUUGUGGAUAUUAUAACUUGGAACAAGAACAUAAGAAGAGGAUCCAUUACAAUCAAAUUGAGAGACAAAGCUGGAAACACCACAGAAUCCAAAAUCAAUCAUGAACCCACAACAUUUCAGAAAUACCACCAAGUGAGUCUGCUUGCAAGAUUCAAUCAAGAUCUAGAUAAAGUGGCAGCCAUUUCCUUGGUGUUCUCUACAGGAUCUGUAAUAGGCCCGAGGUACAAGCUCAGGAUUCUCCGAAUGAAGUUAAGGUCACUUGCCCACCCAGAGAGGCCCCAGUUGUGUCGGUAUGAUCUUGUACUGAUGGAAAAUGUUGAAACAGUCUUCCAACCUAUUCUUUGCCCAGAGUUGCAAAUGUAACUGUUGUCAGGACACCCGGGUACCAGUAACAUCAAGAAUGCUACAACUACAGGAUUUUUAAAGCUUCACCUCGCCUUUUCCUCAAGGCAUAAAAAGUA